AAUCUUGCAGAGUAUACACAUCAGUAAGUAUGUAGUACACACAUAUGUAUUUAAAUCCUCUCAAAUACAUAACGGCUCCAGCGUCUAUUUUCUGCUGAAUUGAUUGAAUUUUUAGUAGUGUUUGCCAGUGCUUGCUCAGUUAAAUGCUUGAAAUCACAGAUAUUAUAAGGCAUUGGUAUUAUUAUAUUACGUAAUAUUAUAUUACAGAUACCACGGGACAAAAAAUUCUAAUUAAGAAUUUACAUACAUCCAAUGUAAUGUAGUAUGUCAUAACAAGAAAAAUGAUUUAUGGCCAACAUUUUGUUUCUGUCGGUUUAUUGGCAUGGUGCAUACUCGUCUUUAUGAACGAAUUCUUUACUCUGUUCAUUAAGAAAUUAUAUUGCGAUUAUAAUUAUGGCUCAAGCGAAACUUAACUCACAAGACAGAGCAGGCAGUACGCUUAAGGAUAAGGAGACAGAGUCUGACGAAAAGGAAGGCUCAACGAUAAUACCAGAAUGUGCAGUCUGCCUUCAGCCAUGCAUAUAUCCAGCAAAAUUACCUUGCAAUCAUGUUUAUUGUUACCUAUGUGUCAAAGGUGUUGCAAAUCAAAGCAAAAGAUGUCCUAUGUGUCGUCAAGAAAUUCCUCCAGAUUUCCUAGACAGACCACAAUUAGUAGAAAUAGAAGACACUCAUAAAGAAUUAGAUAGUUCUGAAGAAGAAUAUCAAUGGUUUUAUGAAGGUAGAAAUGGUUGGUGGAAAUACGAUUCGAGGACCAACAAGGAUUUGGAGACUAUGUACAACCUUGGGUGGUGGCAAUAUGAUCAACGUACAAGCCAUGAAUUAGAAACUGCAUAUAAACAAGGCAAACGAAAUUGUGAAUUAUUAAUAGCAGGGUUUCUUUACAUCGCCGAUUUUGGUUCCAUGCUUCAGUUACGUAGAAACGAUCCUUCCAGAAGAAGAAAAAUUAAGCGCGAUUUAUAUAAUGUCCCAAAAAAAGGAGUGGCAGGUUUAAGAUUAAAUAAUCAGGAUGAAGAAAUUAUUAGAGAAAUAAGAGGUGCAGAGAGACCUGCAAGUCCUGCCAGCGACAAUAUGGGUACUGGAGAUGGUACAAACACUCCCAUACCACCUAGCAACACACCGCAAACACCAGCAGGGGGAACUGCUAGUGGCGAUGCUACGCCAUUGAAUGAUAGAAUGGAACAGAGAUCAGAUUCUUUACAUCAGGUAUUAGAACAAAUGCGUUCCUUAGUUUUGAGAGAACAUUUAUCUUCAAAUACAGAUAACGAAUUAGAAGAAACUGAAGAAAGUGAAUCUCUUUCCACUCAUCCUACGUUAUAAGAGCUAUGGACACCUAACGGUUGCCAUUUAUCAAAUGCAAAUCAACUUGGAAUGGAUUAAUUUCAACAAAAUUAGGUGUCAUUUCAUUAUAUGAAAUAUAUGGUACAAUAAAUUCAUGUUUCAAAAUGUGGAA